AUUGCACCCUGCCCAUGGAUUUCAGCGAUCUUGAUGUUAAUGACACCACUCAUCCGAGGAAUAAGUAUGGUCUCCCGGACCCUAGUGUCUGCUUCAUGUCGAAUGCGUUUCUAAACAGAACCACCAAAACAACGUUCUACAUUGGGAUUAAGGCAAUGGGUGCAAACGGGACGAAUGCUACCACAGUAACUGUGGCUCCAGCUGCGGACGCUACAGGUGGUUCCACCGACACUGCAGUAGAUACGUACACACCUGUUGGCUAUGCUCUGCAGACCUACGCCUCGUCGUGUAGUUUCUGGGAUGAAGAGAAUGAAGUCUGGUCUUACGAUGGUUGUGAGGUGGGCGAGCUAACCACGCCCUACAGUACCCAGUGUCUGUGCAAUCACUUGACAGCGUUCGGUGGAGGAAUGGUCGUGCCCAUGAAUACGAUCAAUUUUGCCGAUUCCGCUUUUAAUAAACUUGAUGAAAACCCAGCUGUAUUCUCUACCAUGGUGGCCAUUACGUGCCUCUACUUCAUUCUAUGUAUCUGGGCAAGGAAAGCGGAUAAAAUUGACGAGAUGAAGGCUGGCACCACCCCACUGCCAGACAACGAUCCUCGCCAUAAGUACCUGUACGAGAUCCUAGUGUAUACUGGCAGUCGGAAAGGGGGCGGCACCACGGCUCAGGUCAGCAUGGUCUUCACGGGAGACGAGGAUGAGACUGAACCACGGCUGUUCUGGGAUCCUAAGCGACCUGUGUUUGAGCGCGGUGGUGUGGAUUCCUUCUUGAUGGCAUGUCCGCGCCCUCUAGGAUCCCUGUCACUGGCUAGAGUGUGGCAUGAUAACUCCGGUAAAAGCCCAGGCUGGGCGUUCAGCAGGAUACAGGUGACAGACAUACAGACUGGAGCCAAGUACUUCUUCAUUUGUGACAGAUGGCUAGCAGUGGAGGAAGACGACGGCCUGAUCGACCGCGUUGUUCCACUUGCCGGUAAGGAGGAACUGACCCAAUUCAAUCAUUUGUUCUGGUCGCAAACCAAGAAGAAUCUGUAUGAUGGCCACAUCUGGUUUUCCAUCUUCACACGCCCACGCAGGAGUCACUUUACAAGAGUCCAGCGUCUCACCUGCGUGCUUUCGCUCCUUUUCUGCACCAUGUUGUCCAACAUAAUGUUCUACAAAGCAGACAGUCAGUCCACACCACAGGUAUACAAACUCGGGCCUCUUCAAUUCACGCUGGAAGGCAUUAUAACAGGAGUCAUAGCCAGUUUGAUAGUUUUCCCCAUUAACUUGUUGAUCGUCCAGCUGUUUAGAUUGUCCAGACCAAAGCCAAAGAAGCCCAUUACGUCAACGUACGGAAAUGAUACCAAAACGGGCGACGAAACCUUGAGUGACGAAUUAGAAAAGCAGAAACAGUUCCUGGAAACGGGUGACCAUUCUAAACGCCUGCUCAUGACCCCGACACCAAAAUCAUCAGUGGGCGUCAGUUACAUCGGUUCGGACAAAGGCACACCGGCUGUCAAAAAUGCGACCAAAGAGGAGGACAAGUCCAAGAAGAAGAAGAAAAAGAAGGGAAUACGCUUCCCCUGGUGGUCUAUCUACAUUGCCUACUCUGUCAGUUUCUGCAGCGUUGUUCUGUCAGUGUACUUCUGUACAGAGUUUGCUGGGGCCAUGGGGGCAACGAAAGCUGAGCAGUGGCUGGGGUCUUUUAUGAUCUCUUGCAUGGAAUCCGUUUUCCUAACACAGCCAAUAAAGAUCUUUGGGUUGGCUGUAUUCUAUGCUUUGGUCAUCAAGUCCCCGGAUGUAGACGAAGAGGGCGACGAAGACCGAGACAAUAACCUAAAACCCGAUGAAGAAUAUCUGCACGAAGACCAAGUGACCGGCGUCGCCAAACCCAUGAAGCCUUCGUUGGCACCAGAACCCCCAGAUGAAGAGUAUAUACGAGCAGCCAGAGAAAAGAGAUUUAAAGAAAUCAAGACACAAGCAGUAAUCCGAGAAAUUCUCAUCUACUUUGUCUUCACGUAUUUGCUAUUCAUGGUUGGGUAUGGUAACAGAGAUCCAUGGUCGUUCCAUUUUUAUGAAAACGUUGAAAACAUGAUCUCCAAAGGAUCUUUCCUAGAUACAGAUAGUCCACCACAGUUUGAUUCGAUCCUGAAGAGCGAGGACUUUUGGUCCUGGGCUGAACAAACUCUAGUCCCGGCCAUAUAUGGUAUACCUUUCUACGACGGUCAGGAUUACACUUGGCAGAAUGGAUUCCUAGCGGACCAGCAGACGUACCGUGUAGGCGCUCCGAGAUUACGUCUUCUGAAAACUAAGCCAAAAAUGUGUAUGCCGCCUAUCUACAAGUACGUCCGCGAGUGUCGUCCCGAUUACAGCAUGUUUGGAGAAGACGAAGAGAGCUAUGGCAUUGGAUGGCAAGUUAUUAAUACGUCAGACCCCAACUCCCAGCCGGAUGCACACUGGACUUACCGUACAAGUUCCGAAACCGACGGCUACCCAAUAAUUGGUCGUAUAUCCACCUAUGGGGGCGGAGGUUACGUGGCUGAGCUAGGAACGGAUAGUGCCACCGCUCUGUCUGUGAUACAAGAACUCAAGGAUAAUCUGUGGAUAGACCGGUACACCCGCGGCGUGAUUGUGGAAUUUGUGAUGUGGAAUCCUAACAUUAACUUGUUUGCCAUAUCGUACUCCGUCGUUGAGUUUCCUCAGUCUGGAGGUGCCUGGCCGUCUUACAAGGUGAACGUGAUGCGGCUGGACCGCUACGUGGGAACCUACAUGUUCAUGGUCUUGGGUGCAGAGAUCUUGGUCGCUGCAUUCAUUAUUUUCUUUUUGGUCAAGAUGAUAAGAGAUAUAAGGAGAGAGGGAUUCAAAAUUUACAUCAAGGAGUUCUGGAACGCCGUUGAAUUCUUCAUUCUCAUUGUGUCAAUUGGAGCAAUUGUGAUGUACUUUUACCGUCUACUUAUUUCCAAAAUGGUUUCCUCAGAAUUCAGUGAGGACCCCCAUAAAUUUGUCAAUUUUCAAUACGCUGCCUAUUGGGAUGAGUGUUACACAAUCCUCAUGGGUAUCAUGGUUUUUGUCUACACCGUCAAGUUUUUGAAGUUGAUGAGAUUUAACCGUCGAAUGUCUGUGAUUGGCAGAACCCUUAAAGAGGCAGGCAAACCCAUGUUUGUGUACCUUAUGGCCUUCUUCAUCAUUUUCCUUGCUUACGGCCAAUUUGCUUACAUCCUGUUUGGAAGAGUACUACUCAACUACAGCACAUUUAUAACAACGUUGGAGACUUUGUUUUCCAUGAUGUUGAACAAGUUUGACUUCUACGAAAUCGACGCAGUGAGUCCCUUCUUUGCGCGAAUCAUGUUUAUCACCUUCAUGGUUCUUGUGUCGUUCAUCGUCGUAAACUUGUUCCUAACCUUGAUCAUGGAUGCCUUUGCCUACGUCAGCUACAUGACCUCCAAGGAGAAAAAUGAGCUUGAAGUUGUGGAAUACAUGGUGAACGCGGUCAAAGGAAUGUUUGGCAUUAGCACAGGGAAGAAACCGGAGCCUUAUGUGCCCAGCAAGUUCCAAUAUCAAGACGGCGGAGAAGGCACGGUUGAGGAUCUAGAUCAAAAGAUAGAAAGCAUGAUCGGAAAGCUGGAAAAUUAUCUGGACAUCCAGGCCACAGACAAGAGGGUUAUGAAAGAGAUGGAAGCGAUGAAACCUGCUAAACGGAAAAUUCUGAUGGCCUAAGCCUGCGUCUGUGAAAUGAUAUUUACCUGAAAUACCUUGAACCAUGUAGAUUAUAUUGGACUCUCUGAAGAAAUGUGUGUGAUUUUAACUUAUUUAAAUUUUUAAGUGGAAACUGUUCUAUAAACUCAAGGUUAAAUGUGUUAAAAUUUAUAGUUGUGUCAUACUCAAAUUUAAAAACAUCCAUUGCUAUGAUACGAGGCCACACAGGCCACUCCUUUCUUGAACCUCAUUUAAGCGAUCUCAUUAAUCAAUAUCUCAGAGACUUUGAUAUUGGAAUCAGUUAAGUGUUUGAUUAAUUAUUCAAGAAUAAUCUAUUUUUCUCAUCGAUUGAUGUAGUGAAAUACAAUGCAUACCGAUAUGCGACAAACAAUUAAUUAUCAAAAAGCCGUUGGAGGAGGUUACCAAAUACUAAUCAUACAAAAAAAACUCUUGUCUUAUCGAUUUUAUGAAACUUCUAUGUGACAAAUGCUGCUCAGUUAUUGGUAAUUGCGUGUGAAGUUGACAUUUGGUUUAUUUGAAUUUUCUCUAAAUCGAAAUGCUACCUUCAAAUACAAUAGAUUUAAGUUUAUAGAGCAUGCUUUUACAUAUUCUUGAAACUUUUCGCUUUGAUCCAUUAUCCAGUGACAGUUUUUGUCAAAAAACAUACUAUGGCCUCAAGGUUUUUUAAAAGUUAUGUGAGAGGUAUUCUAAAUUACUUUGCAAUUUUUUUAAAUCUAAAAACAUUAAUGACGAAGGAAUUACACUGCAUUGGUGGAUUAUUUCCUGAAAAAACCAAGUAUAAGGAUGAAGGGGGAGAGAGGGCGCGACAAUAGAUACGAAAAGAGAGGUUGGCUUAUAUUGUGCGCAAUUACAAUAAGUCAAGUACGGAUGUUAGCCAUCAUUAAAGGGACAAUCAUCUCUCCUUAUUUUUAUAAUUGUCUUUCUUCGUUUAUGAACACUGUUGAACUGGUUGAUAUUUUGAUCGCUUCUGGACAUAGCUUGCACUGUCAGUUGUCUUCUUUUCAUCAUGUGAGUUUUAACAUUAACCGGCACCUAACUUCUUAAGUGU